UGAGCUGGUCUGUAACGAUAGGGCGGCAGCAGCAGCCGCAGCAGCAGAGGUAGUCAGAGGAGGUGAAGGAGCCGAGAGCACCAUGAACACACACGUGUUUCUGAGGAGUUAUUAGAUAGCCGUGAAAGAAAAUACACCUUUGAGUUUUUACCUAUGAACACAAUAGCACUGAGAGAGACAGUCUGAAAGUAGAGAGGAAGAGAUUGAUCAGUCACACCAAGAACAACCAAAGUUGCAAGUUUGGGAGUUUUUUUUUUUCUGUGUUUCAUUUUUCCCCCGUGUGUCACCACAAUGGUCAGAAAGCCUGUUGUGUCCACCAUCUCCACUGGAGGUUACCUGCAGGGGAAUGUUAACGGCAGGCUGCCUUCCCUGGGCAGCAAGGAGCCCCCUGAGCAGGAGAAAGUGGUGCUGAAGAAGAAAAUCACUUUGCUGAGGGGCAUCUCCAUCAUCAUUGGCACCAUCAUUGGAGCCGGAAUCUUCAUCUCUCCUAAGGGCGUGCUCCAGAACACGGGCAGCGUGGGCAUGUCUCUGAUAAUCUGGACGGUCUGUGGGGUCCUGUCACUAUUUGGAGCCUUGUCCUAUGCCGAAUUGGGAACCAGUAUCAAGAAAUCUGGUGGUCAUUAUACAUAUAUUCUGGAAGUCUUUGGCCCGUUACCAGCUUUUGUACGAGUCUGGGUGGAACUACUCAUAAUACGCCCUGCAGCCACUGCUGUGAUAUCUCUGGCAUUUGGACGCUACAUUCUGGAACCAUUUUUUAUUCAAUGUGAAAUUCCUGAACUUGCAAUCAAGCUCAUUACAGCUGUGGGCAUAACUGUAGUGAUGGUCCUAAAUAGCAUGAGUGUCAGCUGGAGCGCCCGGAUCCAGAUUUUCCUAACCUUUUGCAAGCUCACAGCAAUUGUGAUAAUUAUAGUCCCUGGAGUUAUGCAGCUAAUUAAAGGGCAAACACAACACUUUAAAGAUGCCUUUUCAGGAAGAGAUGCAAAUAUUAUGGGAUUGCCACUGGCUUUCUAUUAUGGAAUGUAUGCAUAUGCUGGCUGGUUUUAUCUCAACUUUCUUACUGAAGAAGUGGAAAAUCCUGAAAAAACCAUCCCCCUUGCAAUAUGUAUAUCCAUGGCCAUCGUCACCAUUGGCUAUGUGCUGACAAAUGUGGCCUACUUUACGACCAUUAGUGCUGAGGAGCUAUUGCUUUCCAAUGCCGUGGCGGUGACCUUUUCUGAGCGGCUACUGGGAAAUUUCUCAUUAGCAGUUCCGAUCUUCGUUGCCCUCUCCUGCUUUGGCUCCAUGAAUGGUGGUGUAUUUGCUGUCUCCAGGUUAUUCUAUGUUGCGUCUCGAGAGGGUCACCUUCCAGAAAUCCUCUCCAUGAUUCAUGUCCGCAAGCACACUCCUCUGCCAGCUGUUAUUGUUUUGCACCCUUUGACGAUGAUAAUGCUCUUCUCUGGGGACCUCUACAGUCUUUUGAAUUUCCUCAGUUUUGCCAGGUGGCUUUUUAUUGGGCUGGCAGUUGCUGGGCUGAUUUAUCUUCGAUACAAACGCCCCGAUAUGCAUCGUCCUUUCAAGGUGCCGCUCUUCAUCCCAGCUUUGUUCUCCUUCACAUGUCUCUUCAUGGUUGCCCUUUCCCUUUAUUCGGACCCAUUUAGCACAGGGAUUGGCUUCGUCAUCACUCUGACUGGAGUCCCUGCCUACUAUCUCUUCAUUAUAUGGGACAAGAAACCCAGGUGGUUUAGAAGAAUGUCAGACAGAAUAACCAGAACAUUACAAAUAAUACUGGAAGUUGUACCAGAAGAAGACUGUCAUAAAUUAUGAAUUAAUAUAUUUGAAAUCUUGGCGAUCUGUCCCGGCCCUUGUUUCUUCCCAAAGGGCUGAAACAAAAUAUGGAUCUUCACUUCAUUUUAUGACAGUCGAGAGGAUUGCGACUUUGGUGAUGGACUAAAGGAAUCGGUUAUUUCCAUUCAUAUCUUUUUGUAUGUUCAAACUGGUUUCUAAGAAUUUUAGUUACAACUCCAUGUAGGUGUAGAAAGCUGAUAUGCAGUUAUACCAUGAGUUCUCAUGAUUGUUUAGUCCUUGAUACCUACCUGUUGAGGUUAGGGAAAAAGACUGCGGAAUGAACAAUUACUUUAGUGGUCUUUUUCUAUAACCUAUCUUAUAACGGCUAAGAACCUUCAAAUUGAUGACUGAGAUGUUUUCUGUAUAUGUGGGUUUUGUAAAAACUAUUUUUACAUACUGUAGAUGACCAUACUGUGAAAGUGUUUUCUACUUUUCUGGAAAAAAAAAAUCAUAUGUCAUCCUUAUGGACAGAGGAAAGAAUGAAAUUUAUUUUCCAUUGGCAUUGCAUUGCUUCCCUUUAGAUACCAACUAAAAUACCACUCAUCUUUUAAUGGACUAUACCCAGAGCAUUUUGAACAAAGGACAGAGGGGAUAUGCCUAAUUUUAAUGAAUGUAUUAAAGAAGAGCUUCUAGGGGCUAUUGUUUAUGAGACAAAUCCAGGAAUUCUAUUUAAGUAAAAAUCCUUGAGAAUUUAUUAUGCUAAGAUUUUUUUAACUCAUUAUCAGGAAGUUCCACGGUUAUGUGCCAUGUUAUUUUCAUGGUAGCCCAUUUGAUCAGGAAAGGAUAUGGCACCUUUCUUAGAGCAAAGCAAUACUCAGUUUGGUGUUACAACCUCUUAAGCACAGUAACUUGUUUCACUAAUAGUUUAACCCUUGAAAAAUGUAUCUAAAUAUGUGUAUUUUUACAUCUUCAAAUUGCAAUAUCAACAUAACACAGAAAUCACCAAGAAAAAAUGCCCAAAAUAUUAUGUUCAACCCUACAAUCAAAUCUAUAUGCAGUGUUAGUAAUUCUGAACAAUUUUUCUUAUUUCAUAGCUAUUUUUACAUGGUGAUGAAUUUUGACAGUUUGUACAUUUUCUUUAUACAUUUUAUAUUCUGUUAAAAUAUCUCUUUGGAUAAAACUGUCCAGAUCAAUUAGGAAAAGGCAUAUAUUUACAUAAAAAUUGAGGAGGAAAUGUCACUGCUAAAUAAGAUUUACAACCGAUGUUUCUAAAAAUUUUCCACUUCUAUAUCUAGGCUUUGUCAGUAAUUUUUUCACCUUAACUACCAUUUGACUUGCAAAAGAGAUAACUGAUAACAAAUUCAUUGAAAGGAGGAGAAACUGUGCAUGAUGGUGCGCAUUCAGACAGGUGUUGUUAUGCUAGGAUUCGAAAAUAUUGUGAAAUUUUCAAAUGAAAAUAAGAUAAUGGUGAAAUUUGUCAAUUAUUAUUUACAUACAGCUAAGAUUAAAUAGUUAUGGCUGGAGUAUGUUUCACCCUUUAAUAUUUGUCGAUUUUAAAAUAAGAAAUUUUGAAAGAAUUACACUGAUUAAAAUCAUUAAGAGCAGAUGUAGAGUUCAUAGAUAUUUGACCAAAGUAGAAAUGAUUAUUUAUAAUUUGAAGCAAUUCCAAUUCAUUCAUUUCAAUUUUUUCUUUUGAUAAACAUUUAAUAUAUAUCCAAUAUUGACAUCUUUCCAGCCAAACCUAGUGUUUGGGUCUUUAAGUGAAUUAAUAAAAGUUCCUUACUUUUUCUCUUACCAUAGAGUUUUAAAAUUUCGUCUGGAAUCUUUAAUACCUAUAUCCAUUUGUCUGCAUCUUUCCCCACUAUAUUGUUCCUAAAGGCAGAAGUAGAUUUCCUUUAUUUUCCUAUUUUUUACAGUCUAGGUCUAUGCAAUCUCAACCAGCAAACUCCUUUUUUCUCUCCUAAUAAAAAAAAAGGUAAAGUCUCAUGAAGAGGUUUGUGUAGUUCUUGAUUAUUCCUGAGAUUAAUGUGCUCAUAUCAAUAGUGGUAGAUAAGUUUCCUCAUUGUGUUUGCUUAUUUUGGGUUCUAAUUUCUCCUUAAAUAUGUUGUUGUACAAGAUAACUAGAAUACAUAUUCAUUAUUCUUUCCAUCAAUUUCAAAAAUGAUUUUUGCAUUGUUAAAUUUCUAAAGCCAUUGUAAUAUCAUUUUAACCAGAGAGAGAGUCAGUCGGUAAUUUUUUAAAAAGUGAUGAAGAUUAAGCUGUAUUUCAACUUAUUUUUAGGACAGAUCAUGACAAGACACAGGGUUUCUGUAAUCAGGGAAUCAAUGCUUAGUUUUUAUUCAAAAUGGUGUCAUGCCAAGCAGAUUCUAGUUCUAAAUCUCUCCUGCACACUUUUAUAUAUACGUGUAUUUUAUACUAAGUAAAAUUUUUUCUCAUAUAUUUAGAAUUUUAUAUAUAUGGCAUUAUAUAUAUAAAUUAUUACAUGUGAUAUACUUGUAAUAGUGUGCAUAUUCAAAUGGCUAUAUACAUAUUGAGAGUUGAUUAUAACACAAAAUAAAAAUGCUAAUACGGUGUAAGACAACUAGAAUACUAUUUUCAAGUGUUCUGCUUUUUGGGUACAUAGAAUCUCAACUAUUUAAUUAUGAAUUAAACAGAUCUAGUAAAAAACUUCCAAAGCUAAAACAAUCUGGUUUAAAAAAUGGAAUGAUUCUCCUUCCACAAUUAUGAAUAUUUCAGAAAUAUUUUUGAUCCAUUUUUUAAAAUAUUAGAUUAUCUUCCUAAGAUUUUUCUUUGAUCAAAUGAAGAAAACUGGACUGUUAUAAAUGGUGACUUGGUCAGCUGAAAGUAGACCCUGUUCUUAUCUUUCUUCAGGAGAUUAAAGAUUUGUCCAGAAAAGAUGGCUGACUCCAGUACCACACAUAAAUGUUAGGUGUAUGCAUGCACACAUAUACAUAUGUGCUUGUACUGUAUCUCCCUCACUCCUGCUGGCACAAAAUUAGGAUAGAUUAUUAGGUUACGUUCGCAAUGCAUGGCAGUUUCUCUAGCACUAAAAUAUGCAUGUUGAAACAAAUUUCCAGAUUGUCUUCUGUGUCCGGUAAAAUUAUUUCCCCAAUUGCUGUUUGAUCUAUCAACAGAUGGUUAACAUGAGUAUAAUUACAUAACUCAACAGAAUUCUUCAUGACCUGUAAUCAGUCUUCUGGGAACUCAUUAUUUUAUCUCUAUUUACAGAUGAAUGUAAUGCUAACAAAGAAAGGGAGCAUCUUUGACAUAUAGUUGAUUUCUUGUAAUUGAAGUACAGGUUAUGAAAAGAUAAAAAACUGAAGGUCAGGGUAGCAGGAAAUGGAAAGUAGUAGGGGAUGGGAGGCAAUAAUAUUUGGGUGUAAUUUAUUAUGCAAUAUAGUCAGAGAAAUGUUAAAAAUUCAUCGUCUGCUGCACGUAGGUGGAUAUCCUGAGAAGCUAAAGAAAUGUAAGCAUCAGUGCCCCUCCCUUAGACAUGCCUCUUCCAAGGUCCUGUACCUAAUUUUGCAUUAGGAAUUUUGUAUUAGUUUUCUUGAUGAAGAUCAGCAAAAUUAUCUAUACUUCUGGCCCUAUGAAAUCUGUAAUUGUCCCUGUGCGUAAGGUAAAAUAACUCCCAUUACUUCUUCUAUUAGAAAUAAGCAUGAGCUUUUUGUAGGAUAUAUUUUUAAAUAAUGAAAUUGUGAGGUAACUGAAAUAUCUAUAUAUAACUUUAAGCGGCUUUCUCAUAAAUAUUAUGUGAUAUAUAAGGAGAAAAUUUCACCUUUUAUGUAUAUUUUGUGUCAGUUCUGAAUGUUAGAAAAAACAAUGGGAUUUUAAUUGUAGCUCUUUUUCUUAGUUUGGAAAGAAAUAGAUUUGGGAUUUGGAUGCAGAUUAGUCAAGAAAUCUGGUUUUACUUAAAUAUAAUCUUGCGUCAUUUUAUCCUAUGGGCUAUGUGUUGGUGCUGAUAAUGUGGACAGAGUUCGAUUUUACCCUCCUAACCAUUCGAAGUUAGGAACUAAAGUGUGGCGUUGUAUACCUGACAAGAAGCUGGUGGUGGAUAUAAAUUAGAAUAGAUAAUGAGUCAUCCUGACAGCUUCUGUUUACAUUGUUUAUAUAAAGGUAAAAGAAUUGUUACCUAUAAAUGUAUUUUAAGUUAAUUUUCUCAUAAACAGUAUUUUCAAUCUAUCUCGAUAUAUAAAAUACCUAAAAGUAUAACCUCUCGGUAGUAUUAGUACUGUACUUAAAAGGAUAUUUUAACAGCCAAGUUUUGGAGAUAAUUAUUUCUUCUUUUUGUUGCAUUUUCAAAUUAGUUGGUGUCUAACAAUAAAUGCUUGGUCUAUUUUUAGAUCUGAUACAAAUUCACAAAGGUGUAAAUCAUGGUCUCACAGAAAAUUCAGCAGUUUUCCAUAUGUUGUGAGCCAUAUCAUCCUUCUUUACAACCUCACAAGGAUAUUAACGAUCUUUUUGAGCAAUUUCUGUUUUCUUUGAAUGAAUCAAUGAUUCCCUUUGUUUUUUUUUUUUUUUUGACACCCUCCUCCCCCAAGAUAAGAGUGUGUCUUAAUUUGAGUUUAUACAAUUUCCUGGGUAUUAGUGCGAAACUACCACUUAGGUUUCCUUUCUUGGAGUCCCUGCCCCCCAAUCUUUGUUAGAAUUGGCUUUAAAAUAUCGCUGGAGCAUGGUUACUGUCUCCAAAUAGUUGUCUGUUACAUGUGUGUAUUUCAGCGACUUGGAUCCAAGGUACAUUUAUAGUUUCAAUAACUGUCUUAACAGUUUUAUAGAUAAGAAUUCUCUCAAGAAAAUGGAGCAUUAGGCAUCUGAGAGCCAUACAGAUGGAUGCACUGGUUUGAAAGUGAGCAUACUUUUUUCCCUCAACGUAUACACUACUGAUUUUUUUUUUUUUUACAAGGUAUGACUAGAGAAAGUGAAUUAAUUUAUUGGUUAGAAGACUCGGUUGCUGAGCCCUUAUUACCUCUGGUUGAAGCCUCUAAAGGCUCACAGCUAGAGGGAAAAAAAAGACUAACACACAGUUAUCUCUUUUGUAGCAGUGUCUGCAUUUUGAGCACCUUGUGCAUCAGGGUAUUUUUGCAUAGCUUCUUGUGGGAAAACAUAUUAGGCCUUUGGUUGUUACAGCUGUAUAAUUGGUUGGGUGGUGAGUGGCCUGACUUAAAUGAGGCUUGUGAAGUUAGACCUCACUUAUUCCUACUAAUUGACGUUCUUCAGCACAUGCUCCAAAGCACAUUUGCAUCUCACUGGGAGGCAAUGCAAUGUGGUUCCCUGGUUCUAGGUUUGAAUUUCAUAUUUCAAAAGAUUUCUGAAUUUUUUUUUCCCUACCAUUCCUCCCUCGUUCCAAAUUUCCAUUUACUGACUAAUGUAAUGUAAAGAAUAUUCCAAUAAAGUAGAAAAAUACUUUGGAGAAAUAAAACACAUUGUUUCAAAUGAAUGUAUGCUUAGAAUAGAAAAGAUCUACACCAAACUACUGUGUAUGCAGUUGUCCCCUCUUAUCCAUGGGGGAUAACUUCCAAGACCCCUAGUGGAUGCCUGAACCCGGGGAUAGUACUGAACCCUAUUUAUACUAUGUAUUUUCCCAUACGUACAUACCUAUGAUCAAGUUUAAUUUAUAAAUUAGGCACAGUAAGAGGUUAACAACAGUAACUAAUAAUAAAAAAAGAACAAUUAUAACAAUAUACUGUAAUAAAAGUUAACCAUAGAUCGUAGCAACCUCAGUAUACGAUUUUCUUCUUUCCUUAUUAAAUCAAGAACUUUCACCAUUCACUUAAAGCAAGCACUUUACAGCUUCUCUUUGGCAUAUCCAAAAUGCCAGCAUUAUUACUCUUGUGCUUUGGGGCCAUUAUUAAGUAAACUAAGGGUUACUUGAACACAAGCACUGCGAAACCACGACAGUCGAUCUGAUAACUGAGAUGGCUACUAAGUGACUAAGAGGUGGGUAGCAUAUACAGCAUGGAUACACUGGACAAAGGGAUGAUUCGUAUCCCGGGCAGGACAAGGCAGGACCACUUGGGAUUUCAUUAUACUAUUCAGAAUGGCGCACAAGUUAAAACUUAUGAAUUGUUUAUCUCUGGAAUUUUCCGUUUAAUAUUUUUGGAGGGCAGUUGUCUGUGGGUAACUGAAACCACAGAAAGUGAAACCUCGGCUAAGAGGGGGCUACUCUAUUAACGGUUUCACAUUAGUACAUACAUAUUACUUUUGAAUUGUUCUGGAGACAAAAACCAAUUUAUAUAGCUACGGUUAUAACACAAACCACAAGAAUCCUCCCCAAAUAUUAAGUAGUCUGGGAUUAUUUUGAUCCUCUCCUUGAAGAAAUUUUUUACCUAAUAGUUUUCCUUUGGGAAUGUUAUUACUACUGCUGUAACUCUGGAACUAAAUGAGUGAUACUUACAUUUUGAAAACUGGGUUUUUCUCUUGACAUUAUCCAUGUUCAGACAGUGGCAUAUCACUUUACUCUUUUAGGAUAUUUGAGGCUAAUGCCUGUGUUCAAAAUAAUCAUUGGCAUUGGCCCCAAAUGUUUAUCUCUUAGUAGAUGGAUUGCUGCCAACGGUAAUGCGUUUCACUGGUACCUCUCAACAUUUUGAGGAUUUUGUGAACGUAAGAAUCAGAUGUGUUGAGUGCAUUGCUUAGUACCAUGAAAUACAGUGUCUUCUCUCUACGCCAAACUGAUGAACAAACAUGUAGUUGUGUUUUACUGACGCUAAAACUUGGCUACUUGUGGUUUUAUAAUAAGCACAAGUCAGAAAAAGUAAGACAAAUGGCCUCUUGUACUGAAUGCUUGGCGAACUUAGUUUGUCCUACUCUUCUGACAAAGAUUUGACUAGAUUUCAUACAGCUUGGUUUUUACUUAUCAUAGAGUGAAUUAGAUGGUAGUGAUGCACUGGUAGAAAUGGUUUUUAGUUUUUGACUCAGAAUUCAUCUCAUGAUGAAUCUUUCGUGUCUUUCUGUUGUAUGUAUAUCUGUAUUUACUUUAUAAAAAUGUGUUUAGUGAGCUUUGUGUUAAAAUUUGACCUAGUAGCAGUAACUUCUUUUUCAAUUAUCAAGGGGUAGAAAAAUCCACAUAUGUGUUGGUAUGUUCAUAUUAACAUAUUAUUAGGUACUAUAUAUGAAUAUGAAUGUAUUUAAAUGCCUUUUAUAGUCUAGGGCAAGCAUCAAUCAUUUGCACCAAUGGAAUCAGUUUAGCCCACUGGGAAAGUAGUGGUCAGAUUACUCUAGAGGGUUGUGCUGGCAGCUUUCUCUUUGACCUGUGACCAGCUAUAUCCCUUCACUUGGAUCUGGAAUGCAUUUGUCAUGACCUUGUACCAUUCCCCUAACUGGGGGGCGAGGGGAAUGGUGGGUUUGGCCUGGUGCUCUAAAAUACAGGAAGUGGGAAAUCCAGUUGAGGAAGAGUGAGCCUCAGUAUCCUCAAUGGUCCUCAUCUGUGGUGUGGUUUCUUCACUCUGGCAUUGUGAUAAUGAAACUUGGUAAAGGGGAUUGUGCAUAUUUUAUACAAAUUUUACACACUGUCAUAUUGAUAAAUUAUUAAAGAGCAAAAUUGCUUUUCUGCAUCUACAUUCCAACCAUAUCAGGAGUACUAAGAUGACAAGCCGACUUGACGGCACGUAACAACAAGAUAAUUAACUAUGAAAAUAUAAAUGGUGCAAAGGGACUUUGGUUUGUGGAUUGUGUUGUGUUUCUUAGGGUUCUCUGGCCCUGAUGCCUAUACCAGCAUGUGAUAUGUAAGAUAAAAUGGAUUUGUCUACAGCUUAAUGCUUUCCCUCCGGGGAUAGUUCUGGUGCAGCAGUCACACUGCCAGAUGGUGUUUAUGGCUAUUUGUGUAAGUGGUAAGAUGCUAUGAAAUAAGUGUGCUUCCAUCUGAUGGAAACUAUUGAUGCGUGUGCUUUUGUAUUGAAUAAAUUUUGGUGCAAUAUGAUGUCACUCCAUUUUGCAUUGAAUUUAAUUUCAAUUGUAUUUAUGUAUGUAUGCCCGUCAUGCUUCUAGUUGCUUCAACCUUUGUAUAUAUAUUUUUGGACAUAUUUUUACUUGAAAACACUUUAAUGGAAAUUA